AUGGACCACAAGGCAGCUGUCAAAAUAAUUGAUGCCACUGGGUUGUAUCGCCAUUGCGGCAUUGCCAAUGAUCUCGGCGGAGUUAUGCCAUCGCACCAAAGGACAUAUUGGGCAGUUGUGAAUGAGGAUGGAUCUCAAGCAGCUUUGCCAAUACUGCUUGCCAGACAUGUGGAGCGGCGUCUGUGCCAGCACCGGAGAGACAGAAAAGUGUUGAUCGACAGGAAACCAGUGAAGGGGGAGGAAAAGCUGAGAGAAACAAACUCCAGAGAGAUGAAACUCAUUUACAACAGGCGCACAGGCCUCAUGGCAACGGAGAAGCAAGCGAAGGUGAAGGGAAGGUUUUUGGAGGAGUUCGCCCUCAACAUGACCCUCACCGAUGCCAAUGACGGCAUGUACUUUAUGAGCAGCCCCAAUUUUCCCAAGAAACGUCUUGUUUGCACGCGCUCUAACCAAGAGAUCAGUGGCAUGGACUUGCUGAAGCAGUGCUACGAAGGCGAGGAAGUCGAUGAGUCUGAAUCAGAAGCAGAGACCAUUGCCGAUGGGAUGCUUCCACCUCAGGACGCUUUGCAGCAACAUCACGAGGACUUGGAAGCUGCUGCUAACGAUGAAAGCGGGAGUGAGGACACCGCUGACUAUGAUGGCUACAAUGCAGCCAGUUCUGGAAUUGAGGAGAUGGAUGAUGAGGGUGAAAUGGAAGAAUCUGAGGAGGAAGGUGCCCCAGAGCCCAUGUCAUCCGCACCUGAAGGUGGCUUGCUUGGGAGGGCAAAGCAGUACCAUUUGUCCAAUGAGUGGAACGAGCUAGUGGACAUUUCCAAUAAGCACGGCUACGACUACACAAAGCUUCCUGCUGUGGUAGGUGGUGGAAUACAUCGACAUCCUUCAGGAUCCUUUUGGAGCACCCGGUUUCCUGAUGAAGCCUGGACCACAUGUAGGUGGAAUGAAACAAGGACUCCAUUCCAGGCCAUGCUCCGCGUCAUCAGGCACUUCAUCAAAUUGUACAUCCGUGGUGCUCCAGCUGACAUGCAUGCUUGGAAGGCACACCUUGGGCAUCUUGAAAAGCUUGAUGCAUGA